AGAGCAGGACUUGGUCUCAAAAAACAACAACAACAACAAAAAUAACAAAAGCUUAUGUGUAAGUUUAACCUUUUCCUUAGAAACAAUAACCAGCCCCCAUUCUAUUUUUGAAAAGGCAAGUUGAAUUAGUGUCAGUAACAUCCAUCUCUCUUAAUGGAAAUAACUUUUUAAGUUGUGCAGUAAGUCACUCCUAAUUUUAUAACAGUCUAAAAUUUGUUCAUCAAUCCUUGCGAACAAUGCAUUUACUUAUUGGCUUUAAAAAUCUAUUCUUUCCUGAGAAAGAACUUUCAGUUCAUCAGGUUUUGGAUUACCACAUUAAAUACUCAUUUGUCAGUUGAUUUUGUCAUUUUUUGUGACUUCCAUGCAUAUAACACAAGGACGUAAAAUUAAUUAUUGAUUAUAGUACAGAGUCAGCACAUCACUGUAGAUUUUCACUCAGGCUGAAGAAAAGAUAAAACUCCUAUUAACCAACCUCAGGUUAUCCCAGUUUGCUUCAUGUAUAGUAGAAAUACAAGCAAGCUACAUCUUGCUGAUUACAACAUAUCUUAUUUAACAAAACAGUAAAAUAGUACAAUGAAGUGUAUUUAAUUCUUAGCUCUCUUACAAUGAUUAGUAGUAGCUUAAUUCUUGAGUUGAAUUCUGAUAGUUUUGUGGUUUUACAAAUUGGUCCUUAUACACUAAUAUUUUCUUUUGUUUAGAAGCCUUCUUAAUUUAUGUUUCAAGAUUCAGUGACUUUGACAGACAUAAUUUAUAACCUUAAAUUUAUUUUAUACUAAGGCCGGUAACUAGUUAACUGCACUUACAAGCAGAAGCGGCAGCUACCUAUGGCAUUCCUAAGUAGACUAACAAGCUUGCAGCACACAGGGGAUCUAACUUUUCAGCAAGAUACCUGGGGGAUAACUGGUCCUAGCUGAGUGUCUAGAGCCUCGCAGGCACUUGGUAUAAAUAAUUGGGAGACAUUUGUGCCUUUGUUAUCUCCCUGGCCUCAUUUCUUCCAGGCCUCAGUGGAAGGUUAUGAUUGUUUUCUGAGUGUGUGUGAGCCUUUCUCCUUGCCCUAUAUCCUGUGGUCUGCUUUUAUUUCCGGGUGCCUGCUGCAUGAGUCCUAGCUCCUCACACCAUUUUUUUUUCCUUCUUUUGAUAUUUGGACUAAGCUAAGAAGCUAACUAUUAAUCAGCAAAUGGUAUUAAAGAAAUGGCUACUUGGAGCUACUAUAUAAUAUUGUAAUGUUUUCUCUGAUAAUUUUCUUAAGUCUCGAAUACUUUUAUUUUUAAAACUUAACACUUUCUCCUGACUUGAGUCAGGGCAUACAUAUAACUGCUUUUUUACGUGUUUGAGGAAAGAGGGUGGUCAUUGUGAAAUAUACCUACAGCUACAAUUGUAGAGUUCCAGUUUUGACUAACAUUAAAGAAUAUGCUGGAUUUCUCUGAAUCUGAAAACAUUUUGCAAAUGCUUUUCUUCAACAGCAAGACAAGAUGACAGUGAAGGCAUUCCUUUGUAAUUAUUUCCUUAUUCUUCUUAUAUUCUCUCCUGGUCUGUCAACAUUUAAAAUGCUGGUCUAUGAACUAUUUACAUUUGGAUGCCAAUUAAUUGUUCAUCUCAUUUAAAAACUUAUCUAAGCUUUAAUUGGGUGAGUUUUGUCAAAUGUGAAUUAUAUCUCAAUAAAGCUAGUAUUUAAAAAAGCUUACCUUAAAGCAUUUUCAAAGGUACUGUGAAGCAGCUUUGUAUUAAUGUGAGAGGGUGCAGAACAAAUGAUUAUUUAUUUAUGUAAAGUUCCAAAUCACAUGGCUUUUAGAAUACUUCACUUUUCAAUUUUUGGUUUGUUUUAACUUAUGAAAACUUUCUAUUUGACUUAUAUGGGUGUAUCUUCAUGAGGGAGGAAAGCAAAUACAAGAGGUAAGCACUAAAAUAUUUAAACCUUAUCUUUAGCAUUGGAAUGCUGUUUAGAGAGAUGAACCAGAAGUCCAUGUUCAAAUAUUUCACUUCAUGCCUGGCUUCCCCAGGCCUGACCUUUCACUGGCAGUCUGAGAUCAGGCUAAUAAGUGAGGAAAAAGCUGUAUACCUGCACAAGUGGUGGCUGCCAUUGAUGUCAACACUGUUGCUAACGAAGUAUACAGGUAUAAUUUUCCACACACACAGUUACUUGCCAAGACUAUUGAGGGCAUUACACUCCAAGAGUUUGACAGAUUAUCUUUUGAUAUGAUUUUAAUGAGCCCUCCGUGCCAGCCAUUCACAAGGAUUGGCCGGCAGGGAGAUGUGACUGAUUCAAGGACAAAUAGCUUCUUAUAUAUUCUAGAUAUUCUCCCAAGAUUACAAAGAUUACCAAAGUAUAUUCUUUUGGAAAAUGUUAAAGGUUUUGAAGUAUCUUCGACAAGAGAUCUCUUGCUACAAACAAUAGAAAAUUGUGGCUUUCGGUACCAAGAGUUUCUAUUAUCUCCAACCUCUCUUGGCAUUCCAAAUUCAAGGCUACGAUAUUUUCUAAUUGCAAAGCUUCAGUCAGAGCCAUUACCUUUUCAAGCCCCUGGUCAGGUACUGAUGGAGUUCCCCAAAAUUGAAUCUGCACAUCCACAAAAAUAUGCAAUGGAUGUUGAACAUAAAAUUCAAGGAAAGAACACUGAACCAAAUAUUACCUUUGAUAGCAGCAUACAGUGUUCUGGAAAAGAUGCCAUUCUUUUUAAGCUUGAAACUGCAGAAGAAAUUCACAGGAAAAAUCAACAAGAUAGUGAUCUCUCUGUGCAGAUGCUAAAAGAUUUUCUUGAAGAUGACAUUGACAUGAACCAGUAUCUUUUACCACCAAAGUCAUUGCAGCGAUAUGCUCUACUAUUAGACAUUGUUCAGCCCACUUGUAGAAGAUCCAUGUGCUUUACCAAAGGAUAUGGAAGCUACAUAGAAGGGACAGGGUCUGUGUUACAGACUGCAGAGGAUGUGCAGAUUGAGAAUAUCUACAAAUCCCUUGCCAAUUUGUCUCAGGAAGAAAAGAUAACAAAGCUGUUAAUGCUUAAACUGCGAUAUUUUACUCCUAAAGAAAUAGCAAAUCUCCUUGGAUUUCCUCCAGAGUUCGGAUUUCCUGAGAAGAUAACAGUGAAACAGCGUUAUCGCCUACUUGGAAAUAGUCUCAACGUGCAUGUAGUAGCUAAACUAAUCAAAAUCUUAUAUGAAAAAUUUUGAAGUAACUCUGAAAGGUGACCAUAUAAUAUUCCUUCAUUUUCAGAGAACAAUUCUGAAAUUCUGUUUUGAACUAAUUCUGGUGAAAUGUAACUAAAUUAUUUUAAUCUGUCUUUAAUAUGAAAUUUGGAUUUUAUUUAAAAAAUCCACGUGGUUUUCAAAUUUAUAUUACUGUAUUUUAUAAAAUAUAAAUUAUGGUCAUGCUUUAUGGAGAGUAUAUUUUCAUAUGAAAUGUAAAUAUGUAUGUGGAAUAUUCUUUUUUAAAAUUAUGCUAUAAACAAAGAGCACCUAGAAUUUUAGUGUCUACAUUAAUAUCUUGUGAAGUGUCAUAACAGGCAUAACAUAUUUUUAUGUUAAUUUAAAAAGUUUUUUAUUUCUAAUUUUAAAAUGAUUCUAGUUCUAGCCUAUUGAAUGUUUUACUUAAUUUCCAAUCCUUUAAACUUUUCUUUAUUUCAUCUAAACAAAUGCAUAUGAUAUGUAAACCCAAUUAUCAUUAUUCAAUUUAUACAGCAGUCUGAAGAAUAUGUCAGGAAAAAUAAUCUUCAAUUUUUGAUUACCUCUCCAUCAAGCAGUCACAGAAAAUGUUGGUGCACAUCAUCUACAUUUUCCUCAGCCUCUAUCUGAAGGACAAAACCCAUUGUUCCUUCUUCAUUUUGUAUGUACUUUCCUUUAGUUUGCUAUUAUCAAAGCUUGUUUUUGUCUUCCUAGCUUCUGAGUUUACUUUGCCAUUACACACUGAGGAAUGUAUCAUGGUUAAGAUUUCCAGGAGGAAGCUGCCCUCUGACCCCAUGCCAUAUGACAUCCCCUUCCCCCAAUUGUGUUUUACUGUGGUGACAUACACUCCGAAUUAACUUUUAGGACUUUUAACUUUCUCUGUCUCUCAUCCUCAGUAGGUUUCUUGGAAUUAGGGUUUCUAAUCAAACUAAGUCUUGCAUCAUAAAUUCUAUGGUUUGUAAUAGAAGCAAGUGACAGAGAUGAAAAGAAACAAGUCCAAAGAUCUUACUACAGGAUUUUUAUUCAAAUAUGUAUUCUUAAAAAUCAACUGUUUUGACAUGGAGAAAUUGAAAGUUUGUGCAUUCCUUGUGGGAACAUAAAAGUGGUGCAGCUGCUGUUGGAAAACAGUACGGCGGUUCUUCACAAAAUUCAACAUAGAAUGACCCUGUGAUUCAGCAUUUCCACCUCUGGCUAGAGACCCAAACGAAUUGAAAGCAGAGACUUGAACAGAUAUUUGUACACCAAUGUUUAUAACACCAUUGUUCACAGUAACCUAAAGAUAGAAGCAGCCCAAGUGUCAUCCCAUUCACCCAUGACUGGAUAAAUGAAAUGUGUUAACGUGCGUGCAGUGGAAUAGUACCACCUGCAACAGGAAGGAAAUUCUGACAUAUGCUGUGACACGGACGAGCCUUAAGUACAUUAUGCGAAAUGAAAUAAGCCACCCUGCAGGGAGGGAGAAUGGGUAAUUAGUGCUUUAUGGGUACACAGUUUCUGUUUGGGAAGAUGAGAAAGUUCUGGAGGUGAUGGGGAGGAUGAUUGCACAACAGUGUGAAUGUACUUAAUGCUGCUGCAACUGUACAUUUAAAAAUAGUUUAAGUGAUAAAUUUAACAUUAAGUAUAUUUUACUGCAAUUGAAAACAUAUUCGAUUACCAAUUUUUCAGAACUCAUAGAUAAAUAUGAAUAUAGGGAAGCUGUAAAGCAGCCCUGUACAGAAACUAUCACUAUCUACAUUUUUCAUAGGUAUUCAAAGACAGAGCCUAUUACAAGUCUCAUAAAUUUCAGUAAGCAAUCAAAUUAUUUUGGCACGCUUUCAUGUAGGUUCUCUUCACUGCUGAAAGAUUCUAAAUGGUUUAGGGUUUUACUGCGACUGUACUAAUAACUAUGCUAUAGUUAUAGUAUCCUACACUCUGUUGAGCAAUGUUAUACAAAAUAAGUGUGGUUACCGAGCACCAACUGUGAACACUUGAAAGGUCUGUAGAGACAUUGCUUACAAACUGGAAGACAGAAUGUAGUUUGUGGAAUUUUUAAAUUUUGGAAAUGCAUUCACAGGAAGACAGUGAUUCUUGCCCUUAAUUCAUUAUUGAAAAUAUACAGUAACAAGCAUAAAAAAAUCACAUCUUAAUGAAGAUGUAUCUACCAGUGUCAUUUAAUUAGCAGAUGUAUAGGUAUGCAUAAUUAAUUUGGAAAAUGCUCUUUUAUGGAAUGUCUGCUUUAUGUUUUUGGUAAUAAUGCUGUAUAAAAUUUGCACUGGAAAUUCUGUUUCAUGAUAUUUAGGCUUGUAUGUUUAUUCAGAUGUUGGAAAACAUAGCUUCUCAUUUUCAAGAGAACUAUGUGUAAUUCAGUCUUCACCAUACCUAACAGUAAACUGAUUUUUCAUUCUCCUUUUCCCAUCACCUCUGCUCUUUUAAAUGGCUUGUGAGGUAAUUCUAAGGUAUUUAUUACCCUGCCUCAUAUUUUUAAUAUGUCUUCAGGAUCCAAAACUAAUUCUAAAAGAUGAUCAAAUCAAUUAAUGUAAAUAAAAUGAGUCAUAACUGGAAAAUUAUUUUGAAGACAUGGAUAGUCAUUGCAGGAGGGAUCAGGGCCUGAAAAUCCUCAGUGGCAGAGAUGAAAGAGGAAUGACAGCAUCACCUUCACAGAGGACCCUGGACAAGGUGUUCUGGCCAUUCAGUCAGACCUGCACCAUGGGCAUUUCCCUGUGCCUGGGAAGGUAAGAAAGUACCUCCAACCUUCAGCUAGCUUGUUCUUCCUCAAAAAGUAGAGCCUUCUGAAGAGACAAAACCAGUAGUUGAAAUUGUGAACAGUGAGGGUCCACCCCACACUUUUUUUUAGAAAUUUGAGGGCAGAUUGUUGCUUGAAAUGAUCCAAAGAGGUAAAGUUGUUUAGCAUAGAGGCUUUUAAGUUGCCCUGAAAGGCUGCAUUGCUAGCAUGUGGUAUGUAAAGUUGGAUGGGGUUAGAGGUGAGUGCAGGCAAUUCAGUGCAUUGGUUGUGGGUAGAAUUCCUCAGCAGAAACUACCAUCUGGCUUUUGCUCCCAUCUCAACCUAGUUCAGGUCUAGAGGGAUUAAGCUGGAGAUUUCUGAGGAGAGAGAAAUGAACUAAAGAUAAAUAAAACUGGUUUAAUUUUAGCUAUAGCAGAACAGAACAAAGCAACCUUCAUUCAACAUCAAGCAACUACUAAACAAUGCAUUCUUCAAGCCAAUUGUAUCUGCAUCCAAACUAGUCACUUUGGUUGCUCUUCUGCUUUGAUAACUUAAGAGUUUAGAAAAUAAGAAGUUUCUAAAUAGCCAAGAUAACACGAUAAGGACCAAAUUUUAAGCCCACAUACACAAAGAGGUUAAAGUGAGUUUUCUGCGUUGCUUAUGUUGUGAACAGAAGGUUACCUUGUCAUAAUUUGGCCUUCAGCUUGGAGUUCUAUUUUAGGCCAUCACUUAUGACACUGACUUACUAAUAGCUUUGGACUUUGAAAUUCAGUGAGGGUCAUAUAGCCUCAGCAAUUUUUUUUGUAGCCUGUGAUUGCAUUGAGAUUAUAUAAUUUUUAAAGACAUGGCCUUUGGACCUCUGUCUACUAAUCUCUUCCACUCAUCUACCAUUCAAAUGUGCUAUGUACAAGUAUCAUAUCAACUUCUUAGCAAGCACUUUUCUGGUAGCCGUCAUAUCCACCGAGAUGUCUAGUUAUGCCUUUCCCUUAGCAUUUUUUUUUUUUUUUUUUUGAGACGGAGUCCUACUCUGUUGCCCAGGCUGGAGUGCCGAGGCAUGAUCUCGGCUCACUGCAUCCUCCCACUUCCAUUCAAGUGGUUUUCCGGCCUCAGUCUCCCUAGUAGCUGGGAUUACAGGCAUGUGCCACCAUGCUUAGCUAAUAAUAAUUUUUGUAUUAGUAGAGACGGGAUUUCACCAUGUUGGCCAGACUGGUCUCAAACACUGGACCUCAAGUUGAUCCACCCACCUUGGCCUCCCAAAGUGCUGGGUAUUACAGGUGUGAGCCACCACACCCAGCCUCCUUUUGCAUAUUUUUAAAAAGGCAUUAAGCAUUCUUGCGCAUGUUCUUUAGUUUCAGUUUGCAUGAGUCAAGCUGUCUGCGUCAUUUUCCCUUUCAUAUUCUUUGUCUUUGCUGCUAAAAUUUUAAAGCUUCAGUGUAAACAACAACAACAAAAAACGGCUUUUGCUGUCUAGGAACAUUUUAAGGUACUCAGGCUGUUCAAAAUCUUACACAAUCAAGAUCCAAACUCCACCAUCCUUGUCUAGUUUGUGAAUUUAUUUCUUUUUAAAUAUAUUUGUUCAAGAAAUAUGAGCAUGUACAAAAAGCUGUUUUGGCUUUGUAUUCCCCAAUUUCUCAUAUAAAUUGGUUUUAUAUUUACCAUAGAUUCUGAGUCUUACUUUCAACCACAUGCGGCACUUACUGAAGUCUCCCUCAAGUAUACCACCCUUGACUCCUAAAGCUCCCAAAAUCUCCUUUUUCUUAUAAAUAAGAGAUUGGAAAUUUUUAUGAAAACUAAAAGAUAGGAAUUUAAUUCUUCCAUAGAAUUCUCUUCUGAAUAGCCCUAGGGUUUUUCAUUUCUUUACUUGUACCUAGGGUUCAAGGUUUACUUCAAAUAUUUGCUCUGUAUUUUGUUUGCAUUUUGAUUUCUAUUUUUAUCAGGACAGAUCAAAAUUAUAAGGGUGUGCAUAGAGAACAUGUUUGUUUAGCUAAAUUAGCUCUAUAAUCAGAUGAGAUCACCUAGAGGGUCAGAGGAUGAGAGUGAAAGUUAGAAGAGCAGAUACUUGGAGCUGACUUACCUGGAGAUUCAGUCCUCAGGUCUCUUUCUACCCUUCACUUUUCAAGCCAUUUUUUUUUCCCCUGAAGAGUCUCACCCUUUGCUACAACUUCAGCCAUUCUGCUGAUGACACCCAGAUGACUCUAAAUAUGCUAUUUUCCUAAGUCCUAUUCUAGAAUCUUCAUGUUAGGACAUUUUUAACUUAGAUGUUUUGCUAUUCAAGUUAUAUCAAAUUUGUAUCAAAUUUAGCCUGUUUGCAACGUAAGCAUCCUCCUUUCUUUUUUUUUUUUUUUUUUUUUUUUUUGAGACGGAGUUUCACUCUUGUUACCCAAAGCAUCCUCCUUUCUGUAGUUAGUUCCACUCAUGACUUUAAUGUUUUUCUUUAUGGUUGCGUUACUUUCCAAAUCUUCCAAGUUCAAGCUUCAUAACCCAAGAUCAUCUUCACCUUCUUUCUCACUCUGCAUUCCAUUGGUCGGCUUCUGUUAAAAUAGCCUUCCUAAGGCAAGCCUUCUGUCAACGAUCAGUUAUUUUUAGGAAGACUUAUAAAAAGUCACUGAGAUUUAAAAACGCCCAUAUACAUAUUUGCAAUCAUAUUUGUGUGCUUGGUUAAACAUGUUGACAUUUAACAGAUUUGAGCCUUCUAAAUUUAAUCUAGCAUGAAUGUCAAUUUUACUAAAAUAUUCGCUAUUUUACUCAGCUGGUUCCUUACACAAGUCCUGUUAAAUUUCACACGUGAAAAAAAUGACUGGAACACCUAAUGGAAUGUGAUACUCCUUGUGUAGUAGAAAUGAGUUGAGUUUGAUAUUUGAGAGCUGAUCCUAUGAAUGAAUAGACAAUAAGGUGAAUAUUUGUUACGAUUUGAGUUUUCUAAAUGGAAAAUGUUUCAUGUUUUAGAGAAUGUAAACUUCCACAAGGGCAGAGAUUAUUAAUACUUUUUUCCCCCAGUGACUUAAAACAGUACUGGCAUGUAGUAAGCACUCAAUAAAUUUUUGUUGAAUGAGUGAAUAUAGGAACCAUACUGGAAUCAAUAUGGAAGCUACAUAGAAAACAUCACACUUUGGAGUUCAAAUAGUGUCUUUAAGUUAUUCUCUUGAAAACUAUUUAACUUGUCUGUUACUGCCACUUCUUCCAUGCCCAGUGGAACAGCCAGUUACUCAAGUCCAGAACACAUGAUUUAAAAAAUAAUUCUAGGGUAGGCUUGAGCUUUUGGCUUUUGGAAAGUUGUGCAAAUAAAACUCUUUAAAAUACUGUAUUUUGACUUCUGGUUUUGACAAGAGUGUAGAGUUAUUUCUCCUUGCUUCUUCUUGAAAAGUACAAUUAUAAACUCUGGGUAAGUAUAAUUAUAAAAUAAUGCAAGAGGAAUCAGAAGGAGAAUUCUGAAAAGUGGGGAAAGAGGAAGACACACUGCUAGGGACCCCAAGACUAGAGGAGCAACAUGAUUCCAAGACAUCUGACCCCUCACCCGACUUUCAGACCUACAACCUAGCAACAGAAAGCAGCCCAGAGAAGGUUGUUCCUACAGAAAAGGGAACUGAAGUCUAGUUGGUAAUACCAGAUGAGUCUGGCUCUACCAGCAUGGGGCACAUAUAUCAGAAACCCCUCUGACAAACAUCCAGACCUGAGACUUGUUUGCUGAGAGAUGAAGAUCCAGGGGACUCUGGUAAAAAGCAUCUGACCCAUUAUCUGACCUGGAGACUCCCUUCUCCCAGAGGUGCCAUGGGAUCUGACUUGGGGGAGAAUCCUUCUUUUCCUAAAGUAGCAUCAUCAAGGACCAUUCGGGAGCCCCAGCAGCACCAGAUAAACCAAGCAGACCAAAAUAAUACUGCAAAGGCUCUAAAAACUAAAUGACUGUUGGAGUCACAGCCCACAAAAAGCUAAGCCAGGGCUUGCAUGCUAAACAUAAAUGGAGUGACUGCCUGCUAAAAUAAAAGAUUAAAAUAAUAGACUAUUCAGGAUACAAUGUAAAAUAGCCUGUCAUACCAAGAACCAGAAAAAUCCCAACUUGAAUAAGAAAUGACAGUCAAAAACAGAUGACGGCACUGAGACAAACCAGAUGUUGGAAUUACCUGAUGAGGAUUUUAAGCAACUCUUGUAAAACUGCUUCAGUGAGUACUUACAAAUUGUCUUGCAAAAAAGAAAUAGAAAAUCUCAGCAAAGAAAGAGAAGUUAAUAAAAGAACCAUCAUGAUAAGUGCACUCUAUGCCAGUUUUAAAAAUAGAAAUAAAUGGCAGUUAUUCAACUGAAAAAUACAAUAGCAAAAUAGAAAACAUUCAGUGGUGACAGAUAAUUUGAUUAGAUCCUGGACAUUUUGUCUGUUACAUUAACUUUUUAUAUUCAGAAAGUUAAUUAUGUGUCUUGGCAUGAAUUUCUUUCAACAUGGCAGAUAUUUCAAAGUGAAUGUAAUAUCCUGUUUGGUGUUCAUUUAGCUUCUAGAAUCUGUACAUUUAUAUUUUUUGCUAAAUUUGAGAUCAGCGGUAGAGAGGAACAGAAGAUAGAAAUCAGUGAACCUGAGGACAGAUCAGUAGAAUUUACCUAAUCUGAAUGACAGGGCGAAAAUAGGCUG